AAACACGCCCGUUCCUGCAGUUCUCCGGGUCCCUAAAGAAGGAUUUUGUCACCAAACCUGGCAACUCACAGCUCGUCCAGCCCUCAACUGUAAACAAACCGAGCUCCUUCUGGGAUUAAGGCUGGGCUAAGCAGCAUGUCAUUCAGUUAAUCCACUGGUUCAUUUGAAGUCCCACCGUUAAUCUAAAAGAUGAUAGAGACCUGACUCAUGGACCACUGCAGUGUCUGCUCAAGCAGAGGAUUGUUUUUGGAGGUAGACCAUGAAUGACAAACUUGUCUUCCUGGGCCUGCUGUACUUUGUCCAGGGCAUUCCCUAUGGUCUCCAGUCGUCUUUGCUCCCAGUCUACCUGCGUGGGGCCGGCCACUCUCUCACCCGCAUUGGUUUCACCAAGAUCCUGUACUUUCCAUGGGUGCUCAAGGUCCUCUGGGCCCCUCUGGUAGACAGAGUCGGUACUAAACGUCGCUGGCUGGUGGGGACAGUGUCUGGACUUGCUCUCACGUGCCUCACCAGUUCCACCUUGGCUCCAGAGGCGCAUAUUUGGGGUGUAGCUGGAACUCUGUUGGCAAUGAACACCCUGGCCUCAGUCCAGGAUAUAGCUGUAGAUGGGGCUGCAGUUGGGUUGCUGAAAGGCCGUGGAGAGCUGGGACUGGGCAAUAGUGCCCAAGUUGUUGGGUAUAAGGCUGGGUCAGUGUUUGCUGGAGGUGGGCUCCUGGCUGUGAUUGAUGUGGCCGGAUGGAACUGGAUGUUUAUGCUAUUGACAUUUGUGUAUGCAGGUGUGGCUCUCUUUGUUUGGGGGGCCCCUGUGCUAGAUGAUGAGGGUGUAAGGGGGCAGCAGGCUGACUGCAGUAGGAAGGGAGGGCAGGGAGCGGAUGCCGUGGGGCCAUGGAAGGUGUGGAGGAAGCUGCUGGCGGUGCCUGGUACCCCAUGGACAAUGCUGUAUGUGCUCACAUACAAACUGGGUGAGCAGGGUGCAGUUACAAUGUUUCCUCUUUUCCUGUUGGAUCAUCACAUGACGGCCAGGGAGCUCGGCUUCUGGAACGGCAUCAUUGCCAUGGGCUUCUCCAUCUGUGGGUCGUCGCUUGGAGGCCUGCUGCUCGCGCAGUUCAGCAUUGGGGCCAUGAUGCGACGUGUGUUUGUGCUGCGUACCAUCAGCAUGGUCUUCCAGAGUUCACUGCUCACUGUGCUGGAACCGUCACCGCUCAUGAAAGGUAUGGCAGUCCUGAGCAUGAGUGUUCAACACUUCCUGGGUGGUCUUAUCACCACACUCACCUUCACUACCAUGAUGUAUUGCACUCAGAGAGCAGAAGAAAGCAUUCAGGCCACCCACUACAGCUUCCUGGCGACUCUAGAGGUGCUGGGGAAGCUGAUGUUUGGCGCUCUGGCUGGAGGAUUGGUGGAUUGGUUUGGUUUCCAAGUUGCCUUCCUCUUCUUCCUCACCCUCUCGGCGGGAACAGCCCUUCAUGUGUGGACAGCUACUUACACCGGUGCUCUAAGGGAGCACCAAAUCAAAGACCAGCCCAAAUGACAUCAGGAAAGUCCUGAUUCUGGUCAAGCACAGGUACAGAAAAAGAUGAGAUAUUUUUGAGUUUUACUAUGAAUAAUUGGACAUGGUUCUUGAAUCCUAUUAUAUGUAACAUAAUUUCAGUGAAGUGUUUCAGUAUGGAUGAUUUAUCGAAAAAACAUCAGCCAUUCUUUAAGGAGAAAUCAGCCAUGCGUUUAAGUCCUCUGUGGCAAAGUGCACGCAUUUUCAUGACUCUGCAAAAGCUUUUUUUUUUGCAAUGGCCUUUAACAACUGGCUUAUAAUUUAUUUGAAAAAGUCUUAAACAUGUAUAGUUGGGUAAUGAAUACUUUGCAGGUUAACAUUAACAUGAUCAGCUGUAUUCAGUAUUAAGGGCCGUCCACACGAGAACUUUUUUUAACAACUUUUUUUUAAAUUAUUAUUUCUGUUGCUUCUGUUUUAAACCUUUUAAAGCACAUUGUGUGGCACAAGUUGUUUGAAAAGAAUGUACGAAUAAAGUUUGAUUGAAUGAAUGAUUGAUCCACAGAACAACUUAGGGAUAAUCACACCAAUACAUGCAUUCACGCAACUGACCAGUAAUGUUUUGUAAACAUUAGGGAUCUGCUGCACCCUUCACUGGUGCCCUGUCCGAAAAAAGUGUUAGCAUAUUUAACAAGAUAUUUUUUUUUUUUUUUUUUUUUUUUAAUGAUUCUCACAGUCCACAGCAGCAUUACAAAGUCUGCAGUGUGUAUAAAGUACAUAUGAUGAAAAUGGAAAAUUGUAUUCAUACAUGCAGUUUGUAUGAGCAAAACUCAGUUUUAAAUUAGUCAUUUUUUUUAAUGUAAUGUUAAUUCAGUAAUAGGAAUAGUCUGUAGCUAAAACUGCUUACUUCCUGGGAUAAGUGUUUCCUGCAAUAUCAGUUGGUCAAAGUAGUCGUAGAAACAUCCAGUGAGACAUCAGUAUGUGAUGUGAUUGGGGCUUUAUCUAGUUUUACUAUAAAGAAUAUGAAUGAAAAUGGUGUAAAACAGCAUUAUAUUAUCAUCAAGUGGUUUGUUAAACCUUAAAACACUUCCAAUUAAUAGUAUUAUUAUUUUUUAUCAUGCUAGUGAAGUCUUCACUUUUUUUUACAUUAACAAUAUUUACAGGAAUCUUUGUAAAGUUUGAGUUUUAGUUCUUUGUGUGGAUGCCCCUUUACUGACCGAGUGGGAAUGGUGCAGCCAAUAAACAUGAUGAAUGGACAGGGAUUAGUGUGUUUAGCAAGAUGUAUAUUCAUUUACUGAGAGUACAGAAGUACCAUGAAUCACAGGGACAUAUAAUCAAAGCUAUUUUUUUAUCAUCUGAGCCAUUUAAAUAUUGUUAUAAGGCAGCAAUAAGAGCUAUAGCCAAAAGCAAUAUUGCAACUUUGUUUUUUCUAUCAUAUUAUACUGUAUUGUAUGAAUCUUAGUCAUUCUCCUACAUUUUAUGGUUUACAGUUGUAAAUGAAUAAAUCUCUGCUACCUCGUAUCAGCACUGUAUGGUACGAUACUGAUACACAAUGUACAAUAGCAGUGCAAAGUAAAGUACACACUUGUUAACACUUAACAACCAUAUUUUACUUAAAACAGUUAGCAAAAGUAGGUCUGCAGUUUCUGAGGCUUUCUUAUAAAAAAGAGGAUGAUAAUGUAGUUCAGUACCUGUUGGUAGUGUCAAGUCCCUUCCUUUGAAAUCCUACAGGUGUUAACCUGGCACUCGUGGGAAACCUCAGCCUUACACACUGCAUGGUGCCAUCCUAUUUCUUUUUUUGACUUAUUAAAACGGAACAAAGAAACGACAAAAAAACAGUUUUCAAGAAAACUUGAAUGACCAAUCAUGCUGGGAAAUUACAGUUCCUGAUAACAUUGCAUCACAUUUGUGCUUUAAAUGCUGUAUUCUCUGUACUACUGUAUCUCUUAGAUAAUACGAAUGAAACAUGAAAGUAGAAUAUUUUUCCUUUUUUGAUGUUGUUUAUUUUUUUGAAACAGUAAAAUAUCCCCAUAUAAGUCAAAGUAUAGGUAGGAAUCAAGUCUUGAAUUAGAUGUAAGCACUGAGGGGUGUCAGCAAUGAAAGCUUGACAGCAAUAAGGACAUCUCAAUAAGUUUAGCUAAUUAAAACAGUUGGUCUUCUGCUUUCCCUCAUAUAAAUACAAAUAGAGAUGCCUUACCCCAUCAUUACUGUUUUAUUCAUGUAGCCAGGUCUACUGUCAUGUUCUGACUUCAGAUCAUUUUCUGCAAAGCACAUCUCUUGUCUCAGCGCCUGUGUUACCUGCCAGAGAUUUGCACAAAAAUAAAGCUGCUGAGUGAAA